ACAUGACAAUGCAAUAUCAAUUAACUUAUAAUUCCUUUAAACUUAACUAGAAGCAUAUAAUUAAAGAGCAGACAUUUUGACUGUGUAAAGACGCACUGUGUUCUUUUGUGGACUCUGCUAAUAUCCUGUUUGGUUGGAAAUCGGAUUUAUAUUGAAAAUGAGAUUACCUAUACGAAUAUAUCGUCAUCACACUGUAAUAUCAGGUAACAGAUAUAACACCAAAGUUCUUGGGUGCAGUAAGUGGACUCUGUUCCAAGCAGCCAAAUGUGGAGACAUUCGACAAUUAGAGAAUUGUAUUGAAGACAAGAUUGAUUUGGGCUCGAAGAGCACAGAUGGAAGCACCGUACUGCAUAUAGCUGUUGCUAAUAGGCAAUACAAAUUUGUGCAGUACCUUUUAAAUGAGCGCCCCCAUUGUAUCAACAAGGGAGCUGAUUUGGACAUCCAAGGUUUAAAUGCUUUGCACAUUUGCGUCAGAAACGGGGACGCUGAAAUAUAUCGUUUGCUUCAGAAGGCAGGUUUUGAUACCGGAAUUACAACUAACGAUGGAAAAACUAUCCUUGAUUUAGCAAAGGAGAAACAUCACAAUCACCUCUUGAACCUCAUCGGUAUGACGCAAAAUAUUGAGGUUAAAGGCAACUCUUGGUCGACCUGGACUGAACUACAUCUUUGUGCAGUCAGUGGAUCAGAGACGGAAUGCUCAAGGCUGAUUGAAGAUUUUCUUGAAGAUGUCAAUGUUGAAGUUGACACCGAUAUCCAUCCUUACACCAACCUGCAGCUGCCAAAAUAUGGGAAGAUGACACCGUUAGAACUGGCAAUGCACAGUGAAAACAUAUCCGUCCUGGAGAUAUUAGCAAAAUAUUCGUCUUUCAGAACCAUCGAAAAAGGUUUGGCUGGUAUUCGAACCAUCUCAACAAAGAAUAUUAUCGUCAGAGGAAUUCUGACCCAGCUUCUAGAGAAACACGAAGAUGUUCAGUAUGGCAAACUGAUUGCAACUGGUGAAAAUGUCAUAGUUAUUUAUACCACCGAUCAACUCGACGAUGUAUGUUCGAAAAUAGCUGGAAUAAAAACGAUAUACAAAAACACUAACGGGUUUGACCAGGACAAUGCAAGAGCCAUCGACUUUGAAUUAGAUAUGCAAGUGCACGGUCUGUCGAAAGAAGAAAACGCACUGAUGAAAUAUGUAGUUGAUGCGAACAGUGACACUCUUUGGAGAAAUCACGAAAACCUCAACGGAAUUCGUAUAUCGGCCGUUCGUACUACGGGUGGAAAAGCUUUCCGAGAUAACUGUAUUGUUCUGUGUUGCAAGUUCAAAGGAUUUCUAACUGAGAAGGAAGAAGAAUUCCCUCGUUUUUUGCGUUGUAAGGGUAUCUGCUUUCCAGUUGACGUUCGAGAAGAAUAUAUUAUCUUGUUGACCAGUCACCCGUCAGACAAACUUGAACCUUUGGCAUGUGGAGGUCUCAUCGUCGGAAGUUGUGCAGACAACAAGGUUUGCGGGACAAUAGGACCUUUCGUUGCAUUGCCCAAUCAGGAAACAGGAUUUAUCACUUGUGCGCAUGUUCUUGAUAGCAAUCCUGCUUUUGGUGUUCAGUCCGGACGCAAUCAUCUCGUCUAUCAACCAGAGAAAGACUCUAAUGAAGAUUUUCUCUGUGGUGAAGUAGUGAAAAUGGCCUUCAAACCAAGUGCCGAUCCGUCUAUUGAUGCUGCUGUCGUGAAAAUUACGUCUGCGUUGCGAAUUCCAAGAUCAAUCAACUUCGUUUCUAUUCAACAAAAUGCGUUCCUUGCUGCAGGUAUUGCAGAAGGAUUGACUUUCAACACAGGAACCAUUGGCGAUUACCUGCCGGACAGUCCCGUUUUGAAAUUCGGCGCCUAUACUUCAGACUUGAACUGUGUCUGUUCAGCGAUAGGACACGAAGAAAAGAUUGAUUAUCCUCAGGGUAAAGUUCUUAUGAGGGGUUUAACAAAAAUACUGUGUCGUGUCAGUCAUAAGAAAGGUGACUCUGGAGGGGGAGUGUUUGUGAAAAACGCCGAAGGCAAACUCGAGUGUGUUGGACUGUUCUUUGCUGGAAGAGGUCGAGAGGGAUAUUUUAUUCCCAUCAAAGAUGUUUUGGCGCAAUGUGGGGGUUACAAACUCAAAGUAUAUCCUUAAACUUUCUUUGCCAAAAGCGAUAAUCGUUGUAUUUAGUUCCUCCUUAAUCGUUCUGGAAGUUGUGAAAGACAAGAACGGAUUCGGGUUUUUUUUCCUGGAAAUAGCGUGAUUGUUUUUAAAAUGUUUUAUAUAUAUUGCUGUUGUCAUUAAUCGCGUGUAAAUGCUGUUAGAUUGUACUAUCAAAUUACCGGUGUUAACGAAAAUAAAGAUGAUCCUAUUUGUUAUUCUUCCCAAGAAUGAGUCGUAGAAGGUAUUGAUCUCAACAAUAGUCUGUUAGUGAUUACAAUUCCAACAGGUAAGGACAUACAUAUAUAGAUAGUUCUACUACAGGUCAGAGGUAAAUUAAACACCAUAAUAUGUAUACCGUUGAUUACAAGACUAAAGUCAAAUAUUGUUCUGUUAAAGAGGCUAUUUACUCAAGCAACAGCAUUAAGACCAAUUAUAUACUGAAAAUAUAGAUAUCCUAAAGAAAGUCUACGUAGUUGAUAAUGACAUGACCUGAAACCAACGUCCAAUGUGGUCAGUUUUAUCUUUUGGGAAAGCCGGUGAUAAAAAUAACUACGACCGAACUAUCGCAAUAUUCGGGCCCUUCAGCAAGAAGUAAACAUAGUGGGAUAUAGUAGGUAAAACUUAAAAAUAAAUUACUUGUUUAUAACGAUAAUUACGAUGUUGUUUUGAUGAUACUAUUGAUUCAGAAUAAAUGCCAGUACUUGUAUUCGGAAGAAGUAAGCUGUUAACAAAGCGACAAUCCACGGCUGGACAGACACAUUUCACCGACAGUUACCACUAAAACAAUCGGUUGCACAUUUAAGGAUUUCUUCAAUCCUGGAAAGGAACGCCAAGAAAACAUUGUCUCUUGUCAGUCUCUAGACAUGCAUUGUUCAUAAGGAGUAUCAACAGAAAGGCAAUAUAGUGAUCGGGGAUCCUAGGUUCAUAUCCUUUUUUAAAUUUUGUUAUAUUUUUUAAUUAAAUGUUUUCAUGGAAUUUUGCAAGUGAUUGAUUUGUUUUUACAAAGCUGUACUCAUAGCAUGAAAGAUAAUGCCAAUGCAAACUUAUAGUUGAAGGUACGGCAGAUUGAUUGAUUCAUUGAUAUUACACUAUAUGUAUGAGAUAAGUUAAACCUUAUUAAUUUUCUAAAUAAUUUCAAUAAGAUAAUAUUUACUUCAUUUUUUAUAUCCUACAAUCAGUUCAAUACC